CCGCCAAAAUAAUUAGCUAUAUAAGUAAGCAACUGUCCAGACAGGGCUUAGUUAGUAUUGAGCGCAACAGCUACUGGGUUGCAGUCCGACGCGGAUAAGUUAAACAGCAAUAAGCAUUCGGGAUUUAACAAUGUACUCCAAGACCUUAGGCCUAACAUUGGCAUUACUCGUCUUAUGCAGUGCCAUAACGCCACAUCAGGCAUGGGAAAUACCCGAUGUGGUGAGGAAGCAGGUGAAAAAAUUGCAUGCGCGCUGCAUAACCACAACUGGCGUCUCCGAAGAAUUAGUGAGCCAGGCGCAUAAGGGUGAUUUGCCAAACGAUCAAACCUUUAAAUGCUUUCUGCACUGCAUGUUUGAAAUGGUUGGAUUGAUCGACAGUGACAACGUUAUGCACUUGGAAUCUCUGGUUGAUGUCUUGCCAGUGGAAAUUCAUUCAAAGAUUUUGAAUUUAGUAGAUGCCUGUGGCACGAAAAAGGGUGUUGACGGCUGCGACACCGCAUAUCAAUCGGUUCAAUGCUACAUCAAAACGGAUGGACCUUUCAUCAAAGCCGCUGUUGAUGAUUUGCUCGGUUAAUAUAAAACUCACUUGAACAAUUCACGAUCUAUAAUUCCCAGCAGCAGCAGACAGCGUAAAAUGCGCAGCGCUUCAAUUUGAACACGAAUUAAUUUACCCUGCAACAAAAAUGAAACAUUACGAAUAAACCGUUUAAAAACUAGCAUAUUGAAAACCCUACCCUUAUAUUGUCACGAUAGUAUAAAAAGUCUUUUAAUCUCUGGAUAAGCGUACCAUCCGCCAACUGCUUAGCUAUGUCCAAGUGCUGGCAGAUCAACACACGCAGCAGCUUCAAGCACAGAUACUGAGGAUGGCCGUAGAAUGAAGGCUGUGCUGUGCUGGAAGACGCUGAAAAAUAAAUGUAUAUUUACAUUUCUAAUAAAACUUAUUGUUUAUGCACUUA